AUGACCAAAGACCUAACCUUCGACAUCCGCUACGACAACGAGCUCGCGCACGAAUACUACGGAGAUGGAAAAAAGUUGGCCGAUCGAGUCCGCACUAUCUACGAUGGCAAGCGCCUCGAUAUCCCGGAUACUUUCGACUCGACGUUCACUCAUCCUCCAAUCCACUUUAUGCAGGUUAGGGCGCCAGAUGAUAUCGACAUGGGGGACCUGCGCAACGUGGACGUUCCGAACGGGUUGCAAAUUGAGAUUAUGGAGUUUGAGUAG